AUGAGAGAGAUCGUACACAUUCAGGCUGGCCAAUGUGGUAACCAAAUCGGUGCCAAAUUUUGGGAAGUCAUAUCUGACGAACAUGGCAUAGACUCAACCGGUAUAUACCAUGGAGACUCAGACCUUCAGUUGGAGCGCAUCGACGUCUUCUACAACGAAGCCACAGGAGGAAGAUACGUACCAAGAGCAGUUUUGGUAGAUUUGGAGCCCGGUACUAUGGACUCAGUAAGAUCAGGCACCUACGGAGAGCUUUUUAGACCAGAUAACUUCAUCUUCGGACAAUCAGGAGCAGGAAACAACUGGGCUAAAGGCCAUUAUACAGAGGGAGCUGAGCUUGUAGACUCAGUCUUAGAUGUCGUUAGAAAGGAAGCAGAGAACUGUGAAUGCUUACAAGGAUUCCAAGUAACACACUCACUUGGAGGAGGUACAGGAUCAGGUAUGGGAACAUUGCUGAUCAGCAAGAUCAGAGAAGAAUUCCCAGACAGAAUCAUGGAAACCUUCUCAGUAUUCCCAAGUCCAAAGGUCAGUGACACUGUCGUCGAGCCAUACAACGCAACACUCUCAGUUCACCAGCUCGUCGAGAACAGUGAUGAAGUCCAAGUCAUAGAUAACGAGGCUUUGUAUGACAUUUGCUUCAGAACACUGAAGCUCACAACCCCAACCUACGGAGACUUAAACCAUCUGGUUUCAGCAGCAAUGAGCGGUGUAACCUGCUCACUCAGGUUCCCAGGACAACUCAACUCUGAUUUACGUAAAUUGGCUGUUAACUUGAUCCCAUUCCCAAGGCUCCACUUCUUUAUGAUCGGUUUCGCACCACUCACCAGCAGAGGAAGCCAACAAUACAGAGCUCUUACAGUGGCAGAGCUCACCCAGCAAAUGUUCGACGCCAAGAACAUGAUGUGCGCCAGUGACCCAAGAAGAGGACGCUACUUGACGGCAUGUGCAAUGUUCAGAGGAAGAAUGAGCACAAAGGAAGUUGACGAGCAGAUGAGCAAUGUUCAAAAUAAGAACAGCAGCUACUUCGUCGAGUGGAUCCCACACAACACCAAGUCCAGUGUUUGUGACAUUCCACCAAAGGGACUUAAGAUGUCCGUUACCUUCGUAGGUAACUCGACAGCGAUCCAAGAUAUGUUCAAGAGGGUUUCUGAGCAGUUUACAGCUAUGUUCAGGAGAAAGGCUUUCUUGCAUUGGUAUACUGGUGAGGGUAUGGACGAGAUGGAAUUUACAGAGGCAGAAUCUAACAUGAACGACCUGGUUUCAGAGUACCAACAGUACCAAGAAGCCACAAUCAACGACGAUGAAGAUCUUGACUACGAAUGA